AUGCACUUUCCCUUAUGUUUCCAGGUUCAUAUACAGUCCUGGCGGCGCGGGGUCCCUGAACCCUGUGGUAUUCUCUACGCUCCUCGAGGAAAAUCUGAUCUGCAGGAUCAUGAAAAAUCGCACGACAAGUGUACAAAAGAUGUGUGUUCCGUGAACGAGUCAGCAGUGUCAGAGCGAAUUGUGCUUGGCUACGUCCAAGAAGGUGGGUAUGAUUAUUCCAUCGGUCGAGGAGCUGGUCUUGGUUUCAUCAGUUUGGCCGCCCUGAUUCGGGCUGCAACGACUCCGGGUUGCAACUCGUUGCGAGACGGGUUCUCACGUGUGCUAAUGAAAAACCCGAAAUCCACAUGCAGACGUAUUGCACAUCUGUCUCUUGUGACAUGCCCCAACGCUUGA